AUGCUAAGAUUUGUGCAACACUCGCAUGUGCUCAAGAGCAGGGUUUCAAACCAAAUCGUUUCGGCCAGCGCAAGGUCGCCUUUCCAUCAUUCGCUGCGGCUGAAUUCCGCCGUGGCGAUGGAACGGACGCCUUCGCAGGAAGCAGCUGCUGUAGCAGCUGCUACCACUCCUCCUCAGACGGCAAAGGCUGUGGAAAAGGUACGUGCCAUGCGCAGAAACAUAAAGAUAGACAAGCAGCUAUCGGCCGCCCCAGACUCACCAUGGUUCCACAAGGUUUGUGCUUUCGAAGACUGCGUAGCGCAGACACUGUAUUUAUCACAAACACCUCGCAGACGCAACAAUAACAACAACGGGAACGCUGUUUCUCGACGCACACAGGCAUCUCUCGGGGGUGGCAAUACCAAUCCACUUUUCUGGGACUCUAUAGGCCGGGCUAUGGGAUUAUACCGUGAACUUCUGGGAACUCCAGAGCUCAACAGCGAUCGUGUUUCGAAACUAGUGCAUUUGCUGCACAACGGAUUGCGUGCUAACAGAAACCAGCUUACACGAAUGAACAAAAAGCCCGAUUAUGACUCUCAGUCCUUCCACAAGGAAAUGACUAACUACUUGUGCGAAUCACUGCGCGAAAUCUCUCAAGAUGCUUUAUCUGGCAAAGUUGAGCUCAAUGAGUAUGGUGCAAUGCACUUGAUCACCGCUUUCAAAGAGCUACUUCUACUGGAAGAAGCCGUGAGCAUAUGGCGCUCUGCUAUCAACGGAAGCAAUACCUAUACUGCAAACAUCUUCCUGAAUCCCAGAGUGGUUGGAGUGGUACUACCAAUUCUGUAUGACAAUGGAGUCACCUACUCAGAGAUUCAGGAUCUCUACGAAAAGUCUUCAGCCAUGAUUACUUAUUUUCACCCGAACCUUUCUGUCGGUAUGAUUCGGGCAUCUUUAAGUGCGGGCGAAAACGAAAUGGCUCUUAACCUUUUCCAAAAAUUAUGCGAAGAAUCCAGCGAAAUGAAAUAUGGGUAUUUGAUAGAAACACACCUUUCUUUUAUUGGGGAGUGUAAGGACCUCACUAUUUCUCAAGCAUUUUUCGACAAAGCACUCAACAAUGAAAUGCCUUACCGGAUUGACCUUCAGGUAUCCUACGUCAAGUCAUUUUUGCGGAACAUAUGGUCUCAGACUAGAGACUUUCAGAAAGUUUAUGACAUCUGGUACAAAUCAUCUGUACACUACGGUCGUGACGUAAACCAUGGGAUUUCCUCGUCAUUGAAUGACACAUUUUUUGAUAUCUUCUUUGAGAACUACUCUCAAGACAAGCUCACAGGAUUACAACAGCUACAAGAGAUAAUCUCCACCUAUAACGAUAUCAAACCCAUUGACGAACCAUUCUUCAACAUUAUUCUUGCCAAGUGUACUGUCUGGAAAGACCGUCAAAUUAUCGAGUCUAUUGACAAAGCUUACGACCUUUACCAAACACCUCGAACCAUUGUUGCCUACCGUAUUCUGCUGAAGUCCAUGGGAUCUGUAGAAGCGACCAACCAAGAAAUUUUCCAACGUUGGUGCAAUUUGGUUUCCAAGUCGGAUGAAAUCGGCCAAUCCUUCAUUGCCAAUGCCGACUGGGCGGCUUUGAGAGAUGCCACUGUCACUUGGACCCAGAAUAACGAAUCCCAACCAUCUCCAGAAGAGCUUUACGGUAGUGACGGGUUCGGUGCUGCCAUGCAAGCAGCUAACGCCUCUGGCGCUUUUGACGAUAUUCCACAACAAACAUCACCACAUACCCAACAACAGCAAGAGCUGGAAAGCCGCUUAGAUCUUUACAUGAAAAUUGUCAAACGUUACAGCAUCUUUUGCCGUGAUUCUCGGCAACUUUCUCGCUUGACAUCGGGCACGGCUGUGAAAUACCCGGUGUUGCAGCAAGCACUACCAAAAUUCAACAAUUUGAAUGUCAACGACGUCUAUAUUCCUCAAUUUCACAACUUGAGAUCUCAAAACUGA